GGUAUUUCUACGAAUCCACUCUUUGAUGGUUGAAAACUUUCCUAGUUCACUCUUCAUGAACAUCAGGUAACAUGAUUUAAUGAUAAUGCAUUUUUUAUCGCCUUCAUUAAGUAUAUUGACAUUCUUGCAUAUGUAAGAUACGGCAUAUUAAAAAUAGCACACAAUUGUGUGGUCAUGUUAUAGUGAUCAAUUGCUAAUGUUUAAUAGCUAUGCAUUUUACACAGGUAAGGAGUGGAGGAAAAGGCAAAUAAGAAAGAUAACAGAUCGAGUUUUUGAAAAAGUACAGAAUCAAAAGGAAAGUGAUAAGUUGAGUUUUGAAGAUCUGUAUAUUGCUGUCUUACUCGUGUACAAUGAUAUCAACAAGUAUAUACCUGGUCCCCAUUUUGACCCUCCAUCAAAAGCCAGAGUCAAAGAAGUCAAAGAGAAAUGUGAUAUCAACCUUGAUGGGGAUAUUGACCGUGAAGAAUUUUUCGACUUCAUCCUGCAAAUGACAGCUGAUACAUUCACUGUUGUUAGCCAAAAACUUAUUGUCACUAUGGUUGUAGCACCAACAGUUGCAGUGGCAACAAAGAGAGCCACUGAGGGUGUUCCAUAUGUUGGGAAAGUGGUGAAGAAGAUACCUAAUUCAGUUUAUGCUUCCCUUGUAACCAUUGCAGCUGUGUGGUUCCAGAAAAAGGCUCAAAGUUCUUCACUGUAGCCAUUGCUCAUCAAGUCUUUCACAAAGAAUGCUCGAAUUCUCUUGAUUCUGUACAUAGGAUUGAAACUGUAUCCAUGUUAGAUAUAAAAUGGCAAUUGAUAAAAGAGUUAACUAUGUUUUUAUUCCUAAGCCAUAAGGCAAAUUUGGUUUUUUCCCUCUCUCAAACUUUAAU